GCAUUCCAGCUGCAGUGUGGUCGUACCAUGGGCCCGUGGCUCUAAUCUUUCUGUCAUAACAUGCCGUGGAGUCUUUCAUGCACUCCCUAUACCAGGGGUGUGGCACGCUCAUGCUCGCGGAGUUUGCGCCUACCGCUCGCUUUCAAACCCCGAGUGUCUAUCCACCUCGCGCGACACUAUGUGACUCCAGCGACGGGGAGCGCGGAUGGCGAGACGCGCAAGAAAUCCCUAUCCCUCCCCGCAUCUGCCAGGUAUAAUGAAAUAGGCGUCCAACAAUUAAGCGACCAUGUCUAUUCCCAAGUGUUUCCGAAUAAAGCGAACCCCCCCGAUCCCGACCUUGUCGCCCUAUCGAAGGACCAUCUCUCCAGACACGACCUGCUCGGGAAAUCCCAAGAUGGCGCAGAGCCCGUCGCGUUCGAUAUGCCCGCCCUACAUGGCCAGACGCUGGACGAGCACUUCUUCAAGCUGGGAAUGGACUCGUCCGAACCGUAUUUGACCUAUGCGAAGGAAUACACGACGGUGAAUUCGCCGGAAAAGCCUCGCCAGUGGAUCAAGCGGAGCGGGUGGACCAAAUACAACAGCGAUGGAUCGUGGGAGGCGGUUGACGCUCCCAACGAGUCCAUGCUAACGUUCGACACGGAAGUCAUGUGGAAAGAGCAUUCGUUUGCCGUCAUGGCUUGUGCGGCGAGCCCCACCGCUUGGUAUGCGUGGUUGUCCCCGUGGCUAUUGGGAGAAUCUGAGAACGAGAUUCAGCUUAUACCGCUGGGGGAUCCAUCGCAAUCACGGAUCGUGGUCGGUCAUAAUAUCGGGUACGACCGCGCGCGCGUCCUGGAGGAGUACGACAUGGCGCAGAGCCGAAACUUCUUCUUGGAUACCAUGUCGCUUCAUGUCGCGGUCAACGGCAUGUGCUCGCAGCAGCGGCCGACGUGGAUGCGCCACAAGAAAAACAAAGACCUCAGAGAUAAACUGUCGAACGAGAGCAACGCGGUCGAACUUGCCGCUUUGCUGGAGAGCAAGAUGCUGAGCGACGAAGAGGAGGAAUUGUGGGUGGGACGAAGCUCAGUGAACUCCCUCCGGGAUGUGGCCAAAUUUCACUGCGACGUCACGAUUGAUAAAGCGCAGCGGGACCACUUUGGGGAACUGGACAGGGAGCAGAUCCUGGGGAAGCUCGAAGAAUUGCUCGACUACUGCGCAGCCGAUGUCGCCAUUACACACCGUGUAUACAAGAAGGUCUUCCCCAAUUACCUUCGGGUCUGUCCCCAUCCCGUGAGCUUUGGGGCCCUGAGGCACUUGUCCUCCGUUAUCCUCCCCGUCAACCAGACGUGGCAGGAGUAUCUCACGAACACAGAGGCAACCUACCAUCGACGACUGGAAGACGUGCAGCGGAAACUGUUGGAGCUGUGCGACGAGGCUCUAAAGGUCAAGGAUACGGCGGACGUAUAUUCAAACGAUCCCUGGCUGCGGCAGCUGGACUGGUCCGGUCAGGAGAUCAAGAUGGCCAAAGGCAAGAAAAAGGGUGACCCCCCACGACCGGCCGCCCGACAGAAGAAGCCCGGUAUGCCAAAAUGGUACAAGGACCUCUUCGCGACAAAUACUGCCGACAUAAACCUGACCGUGCGGACCCGGAUUGCCCCGAUCCUGCUUAAACUCUCCUGGGAUGGAUAUCCGCUGACCUGGUCUGACAAAUUCGGCUGGACCUUUAAGGUCCCGCGGGAUCAGGUCCGGCAGUAUGAGAACCAGCCUGUGGUGCUGUGCGACAUGGCGGAAGAAAAGAACGACGAGCUGCGGAAUGACCGCCGGCACGUCUACUUCAAGCUUCCACACAAGGACGGGCCCCAAGCUCGAUGUGUCAACCCGCUGGCUAAAGGUUACAUGCAAUACUUUGAACGUGGAACCCUGACCUCCAGGUUUGCCCUGGCCAAGGAAGCCCUGGAGAUGAACGCCUCCUGCUCGUAUUGGAUCAGCGCCCGAGACCGGAUCAUGGGUCAGAUGGUGGUGUACGAGGACGAGAUCCGAAGUUCCUCGUCGAAGAACGAAACCGGCCACCGGACAGGCUUCAUUCUCCCGCAGGUCAUUCCCAUGGGAACUAUCACUCGACGUGCAGUGGAGAAUACGUGGCUCACGGCGAGCAACGCCAAGGAGAACCGGGUUGGGUCAGAGCUCAAGGCUAUGAUCAAGGCACCCCCUGGAUACUCUUUCGUCGGGGCCGACGUUGACUCCCAGGAGCUGUGGAUCGCCAGUCUCAUCGGUGACGCUCAGUUCCAGAUCCACGGCGGGAACGCGAUUGGGUUCAUGACCUUGGAAGGAUCCAAGGCGGCUGGGACUGACAUGCAUUCCCGCACGGCUCAGAUUUUGGGCAUCUCCCGCAACGAUGCGAAGGUGUUCAACUACGGGCGUAUCUACGGCGCAGGGGUCAAAUUCGCAGCCACCUUACUCCGCCAGUUCAACCCGUCUCUGACGGAGCAGCAGACCCAGGCGGUUGCAAGCAAACUCUACAAAGAGACCAAGGGCACCCGCACCACCCGCCGCAUACUGAGCGAGGGGCCCUUCUGGCGUGGAGGGACCGAAUCGUUCGUAUUCAACAAGCUUGAGGAGUUCGCCGACCAAGAACGGCCGAAGACGCCGGCCUUGGGUGCUGGAAUCACCGAAGCCUUGAUGCGACGCUUCAUCAACCGAGGAAGCUUCAUGACAUCGCGGAUCAACUGGGCCAUCCAGUCCUCCGGCGUCGAUUAUCUCCACCUCCUAAUUGUUGCGAUGGACUAUCUCAUCCGGCGAUUCAACGUCAAUGCCCGUCUCGCCAUCACCGUCCACGAUGAGAUCCGGUACCUUGUGAAGGACGAGGACAAGUACCGAGCGGCGCUGGCCCUGCAGGUGGCAAACGUGUGGACCCGCGCCAUGUUUUCGCAACAGGUUGGCAUCAACGACCUUCCGCAAUCUUGCGCGUACUUCUCCGCUGUCGACAUUGACCACGUUCUGCGGAAGGAGGUGGACAUGGACUGCAUCACCCCCUCGCACCCACACAAGAUCCCGCACGGCGAAUCUCUCGACAUCAACCAGAUUCUCGACAAGUACGACCAGGCACUCCUCGACCCGUCUAUCACGCCGACCCUACCCCCCACUCCCGACAAACACCCCUACACCCCUCGCGAAUCUGUCAUGUCCACCCUGCAGAGCACCAGCAACCCGGCCUUCAUCCGCGCCCAGAUCACCAAAGACGACGCAGAACUCCGAGAAAUCAUCAAAGAAGCCACAAAAGUCAAGUCCGCGAACCCGCAGGCGCCCAAAGCCCGCGCCCGCCCAUACGGACGGCCCCAGGCCGCAGCCCAGAAAGCCGUCCUGGUGGACCUGGAAUCGAGCCUCUACCACCGCGAUUUCCGCAAUGUUCCACAGGGGAGCCGGCCUCCCCAGGUCAAUCAAUUCCCCAACCGUCAGUCAUGGAAACCGCGGUCGUCGGCACGGGCAUGAUCUCCACCACCGUCUUCAUUCUUCAUUCUUCAUUUCUCCCAUUUUUUUCGAUUGUACAUAUAUGUUGUGCCAUGUUCUCUUCUCGUCUCUCUUUACUCUUGACCCUUGAUUUUUUACCCAUUAUCUUGUUUCACCCUCUUUUUUUUGGUUUCUUUUCUUUUUUACCUUUCUGUAUGAUCUACCGAUGAUGACCGAGAAAAGCAUGGAAUGGCGUCUAGCAGUGCGGGUGGAGUCGUUUUUUUUUUUUACUAUGUGACUGAUCUUUUUUCUUCCUGGUUUGGGGUGUGAGGGGGGCAUAUG